AUGCUCUUCACGAGACUGCGACAAGGGUUGACGCGAAUACAAAGUGCUCGAUUCUUUAGUUCAUUCCGCACACAUUCAUGUGGAGAGCUACGGCAGAAAUCACACGAAGGCCACCGCGUGACUUUGAGCGGUUGGGUGGACUCCAUUCGUCCAUUCGGUCCCAUUUGCUUUCUUUCACUAAGAGAUCGCUAUGGUAUCACACAGCUCGUAUUAGAAAGCAACUUCUUAGCAGUAGCAAGUGAUGUCAUCUACAAGAUUCGUCCUGAGUCAGUGAUCCAAGCCACGGGUAUCGUUCGAGCUCGACCAGUCAAUAUGCACAACCCGAAAAUAGCUACAGGGGCAAUAGAAGUGGUAGUAGACAAACUUGUCGAACUGAAUGCGUGUGUCAACUUGCCCCUUCAAGUGGCUACAGGAUCUGACAUAGCCAAUGAAGACACGAGAUUGCGUCAUCGAUACCUGGAUUUACGUCGCUCAGCGUUGCAGCAAAAUCUUGUUAUUCGAUCCAAAAUUUCACUUGCUACACGAAAUUUUUUAUGUUCUGAAGGAUUUCUUGAAAUUGAGACGCCAACGCUAUUCAAGAGCACACCAGAAGGAGCAAGAGAAUUUUUAGUGCCCACACGCACAGCAGGACAAUUCUACGCGUUAACACAGAGUCCGCAACAGUACAAGCAACUGCUCAUGGUCGGAGGUCUUGACAGAUAUUUUCAGCUUGCAAGGUGUUACCGAGAUGAAGGUGGACGAGCUGAUCGUCAACCAGAGUUCACACAAAUUGAUUUAGAAAUGUCAUUUGUUACACGUGAAGAUGUGAUGGAGUUGGUGGAACGUCUUGUGAAAGAGAUUUGGAAAUCAGCAGGCAAGAAUCUUCCCGAUCGAAAAUUUAAACGAAUGACGUUGAAGGAAGCUAUGAACCGGUUUGGGGUAGAUAAGCCGGAUACGCGAUUUGGUAUCGAAUUGCAGGAUGUGGACGAUAUACUUCAAGAAUGCGAGUUCACUCCUUUUAAGACAGCGAUUGCAAACAAAGACUCAAAAUCUUUUGAUAACAGUGGAGUGAUUCGUGCGAUAAAUGCAAAGUCCCUAGCAAGCGGUAGGUUUUCCCGCAAGGAUAUUGACGAGUUGAAAAUGGUGGCGAAACGUGGCUCUAAAACUUCAAGCAUCUUCGUGGUCGAGGUGCAAACAGACAAGAAGUGGAAAUCCUCAUUAACCACAAAGCUUACUGAAUCUGCGAUCAAUCAAUUGAAUACACGGCUUGAUGCAAAAGAAAAUGAUGUUCUCAUUUUUUCCGCUGGUCCGUAUUCCGACGUAAAUGCAACUCUAGGGCGCUUACGGACGCACACGGCGCAAUUGCUGUACACUAAAGGUUUUCUGCAGAAAGAAUUGGAUCCAUCAAAUUUUCAUCAUCUCUGGGUCAUUGAUUUCCCCAUGUUCGAGCGCAUUGAAGAUAACAACGACAGCUUUAACGACAUUGGCAACGGGCAGAUCUCGCUGUCAGCUACACACCAUCCGUUCACCGCUCCCUGUAGUGAAGAUGCUGUCAUUUUGGAUGAGAUUUUGGCUGGUAAAGGGAAAAAGCAAAAGCUGCUAGAAGAUCCGGAAAUCGUCAAAAAGCUUUUGAAUAUUAGUGCACAACACUACGACAUUGUUUGCAAUGGCUGGGAGCUCGGUGGAGGCUCCAUCCGAAUUCAUCAGGCCGAGCUGCAGCGAGCAAUUUUUGAGGAUGUGCUAGAUUUGUCAACGCUACAACGCCAAAGCUUCAAACAUUUGUUGCAAGCAUUGAGCCACGGAGCUCCACCACAUGGUGGAUUCGCCUUAGGUCUAGAUCGUCUUGUCGCGAUUUUGUGUGGUGCUUCAAGUCUUCGCGAUGUGAUUGCAUUUCCAAAGUCAUCGACAGGUAAUGAACUUAUGACAAAUGCGCCAGGUCCUGUGCUUCCUGAGCAGCUGAAGGAAUAUCAUAUUCAGGUGCAACAUAAAGAUGAUAAUGAGUAA